CAACUUUUAACCCAUAUUCGUUUUCAUAAAAGGUCAUAUCACGUUUGCUGAGAUCGGAUUGGCUGUUUACUUAAAAAAUCUGAUAAGACUAAUACGGAAUAUAGGUAAUUAUGAAUGAAGGAGACGGGCUUACUCUCAUCCUCAUCGAUUUCGAUGAAAUUAGGCUCAUCGACGCAUUUUUUGUAUCAAAUUUUUGUACGAAUCUAACAAAAAGAAGUGCUGCUCUCUGCCCCAUGGACCAAGGUAUUAAUCAUUAAAGUUGACGACCAUUAAGUUUGGAAAAUAUGUCACAUCGAUACCAUAGAAGGACAUGAGAAUAUGGUUACAGAGAUGUCGUUGGAUCAUAUGUUUUGUUCCCGGUGUAGAGAAGGUUUUGUUGCGCAUGAGAAAAUUGUUAAUUCAAAUGGUGAAUUGUGGCAUCCGCAGUGUUUUGUGUGCGCGCAAUGUUUCCGGCCAUUUCCAGAUGGAAUCUUCUAUGAAUUUGAAGGAUACAAAUAUUGCGAGCAUGACUUUCAUGUUCUGUUUGCACCAUGUUGUGGCAAGUGUGGUGAGUUUGUUAUUGGCCGCGUGAUUAAAGCGAUGAAUUCAAAUUGGCAUCCACAAUGUUUCCGCUGCGAAGAAUGUAAUGGUGAACUGGCGGAUGCGGGCUUCAUCAAGUGUCAAGGCAGAGCCUUAUGCCAUACGUGCAACGCUAAUGUGAAAGCUGGGGUACUUGGAAAACAUAUAUGUCAUCAAUGCCACGGAGUAAUCGAUGACAAGCCUUUACGGUUCCGUGGUGAACUUUAUCAUCCUUAUCAUUUUAAUUGCACAACUUGUGGUAUAGAACUCAAUUCCGAAGCCAGAGAAGUCCGUUCUCGACCUGGCUAUGCUGCCAAUGAAAUGAACGAGCUCUAUUGUUUGCGGUGUCACGAUAAAAUGGGAAUCCCAAUUUGUGGCGCCUGUCGACGUCCCAUCGAAGAACGCGUGGUAACGGCACUUGGCAAACAUUGGCAUGUGGAGCAUUUUGUAUGUGCUAAAUGCGAAAAACCUUUCCUGGGUCAUCGCCAUUACGAGAAAAAAGGUCUUGCUUAUUGCGAGACUCAUUAUCAUCAAUUGUUUGGGAAUCUUUGCUUUGUCUGUAAUCAGGUUAUCUCUGGAGAUGUUUUUACGGCGUUGAAUAAGGCAUGGUGCGUUCAUCACUUUGCAUGUGCAUUCUGUGACCAGAAGAUGAAUCAGAAGACCAAGUUCUUCGAGUUUGAUCUAAAGCCCGCGUGCAAGAAGUGCUAUGAUAAGUUUCCGCAAGAGUUGAAAAAGCGGAUGCGACGUAUGUACGAUCUGAAUCCUAAGAGGAUUCCACCAGCAUAAACACAGAUCUCGGAUUGGGCUCUUCUAUGUGACUCUCUCCAGAUUUAAUCAAUACUCAUUGAUUUGCUUGUAGUGCCUUAUUUGUCUUAAUAUUAAUAUAAGAAACUUCAUUUAACUAUUUGUCAUAUUGUAAGCUACGUAGAGCCUACCAAAAUUACUUAUUUAUCAGUUGCAAUACUUUGACAUAAUUGCUAUAAUUAUUUUUUAAUAAAAGGUAUGAGUGUAUCUUUAACUUAAAAUAUCUUUUCUAAUUUGGCAUCUACGUAUAGGAAUGUGCAAUAGUUCUUCUAUAUGUAUACAUUUUGUGUAUGUGAAGCGUAACAUUACUUUACACA